CAGCUGCUGCUCAUCUCAUCACAGCUUCACGCCUCCCAUCCUCAUCCAUCCUAGUGACAGCUCGAUUGCACUCUCUUCCCUCUAUCUGCAUCGAAUUUUAUUCCUCACUCUCUGGCAUUUAUUUUCUCUUCAGUAAUUCCUGCCCUGUGUCACUAAUAUCUUAGGACUAUGGGUAACCAGCAGUCCAACAUUGGCGGAGGGCCUGGUGGGGAUGGCAGAGACGACAAGGAUAAGAAGAAGGAUAAGCCCAGAUACGAACCUCCUCCUCCCCCGACGACUCGUCUCGGACGCAAGAAGCGCAAGGCUGCAGGCCCAAGCACUGCCUCCAAGCUUCCCGAUAUCUUCCCGACAUCACGAUGCAAACUACGAUACCUCCGCAUGCAGCGGGUCCACGACCACCUCCUGCUUGAAGAAGAAUAUGUCGAGAACAUGGAGCGUCUGCGCAAGACCAAGGCCCAGGCUGCACUUGAUGCCGCUAGCCGGAGCGACCUCGAGAUCACGGACAGGAACGCAGACGAGAGAAGCCGGGUCGAUGAUAUGAGAGGUAGCCCCAUGGGCGUUGGAAACCUGGAGGAAUUGAUCGACGACGACCACGCGAUCGUCUCCAGCGCCACUGGCCCAGAGUACUACGUUUCGAUCAUGUCCUUCGUCGACAAGGAUCUGCUCGAACCAGGUGCCAGUAUCCUCCUGCAUCACAAGUCGGUCUCCGUCGUGGGUGUGUUGACGGAAGAGUCUGAUCCACUCGUCUCCGUCAUGAAACUCGACAAAGCGCCAACAGAGUCUUACGCAGAUAUCGGAGGUCUGGAGACCCAAAUCCAGGAGGUCCGUGAAUCUGUCGAACUUCCGCUGCUCCACCCCGAGUUGUACGAGGAGAUGGGUAUCAAGCCUCCCAAAGGUGUUAUUCUCUACGGUGCCCCCGGUACAGGAAAGACCCUUCUGGCCAAGGCCGUUGCCAACCAGACUAGCGCUACCUUCCUUCGUAUUGUUGGUAGCGAACUCAUUCAGAAGUAUCUCGGAGACGGUCCUCGCUUGGUUCGCCAGAUUUUCCAGGUCGCUGCCGAACAUGCUCCUUCCAUUGUUUUCAUUGACGAAAUCGAUGCUAUUGGUACGAAACGUUACGACUCCACAUCUGGUGGUGAGCGUGAAAUCCAGCGUACCAUGCUUGAGUUGCUGAACCAGCUGGAUGGUUUUGACGACCGGGGCGAUGUCAAGGUGAUCAUGGCCACCAACAAGAUCGAGACUCUGGAUCCCGCCUUGAUCCGCCCGGGACGUAUCGACCGAAAGAUUCUUUUCGAGAACCCCGACCAAAACACUAAGAAGAAGAUUUUCACCCUGCACACAUCGAAGAUGUCGCUGGGAGAUGACGUUGACUUGGAUGAGUUCAUCAACCAAAAGGAUGAUCUUUCGGGAGCUGAUAUUCGGGCCAUCUGUACCGAGGCCGGUCUAAUGGCCUUGAGAGAACGCCGCAUGAGAGUGCAGAUGGAUGACUUCCGUGCUGCCCGGGAGCGCAUCAUGAAGACCAAGCAGGAUGGAGGUCCAGUGGAGGGACUGUACUUGUAGACGCGAUAAUGUGGUGUACGUAGAUCUAUAGUAGCAUGACGAGUGAUUUGAUACACAAGUUCC